GUUGUGCCGAGAUACCUGCGGGGUGAUGGGUGGUGUCUCGAAACACCGCGGUAUGCCCGCGCCACGAGCAGCCGGGGACAUCUCAGCGGCGCUGCGAGACAACGGGGAUAUGAUGAGCUCCCCGGCGAAGAACGGCUCGACGAAGCGAAGACAACCCUCCGACUCGACGCCGCACGUGUCUAGCCCGCACCAGCAGCAGCAGCAGAAUCAGUACCAACAACAACAACAGGACUGCGACUGGCGCUCGCGCCGCUGGCCGCCGUUUCUAGAGCGGAGAAGGACUCGGAGUUCUGGCGCCGUGUUCCUGCUUUUAUUGGCGGGAGCUUUCUCGCUUCGGGGAUGGCGAGCGGCGAUGAUGAUCGACAUGGGCCCGUUCGGAGUACAACCAUGGACCGGAAGUCCGGAGACCGACGACCCGCAGCUUGACGACGAAGACCGCAACCAGUGCGAUUGGGAACCAAACGGUCCUCUGAUGUUUAACUUGCAUCAUUCGAAGCAGCACGCAGACGAAUACCGCGAAUCAGCGAGCCAUUGGUUUCAUGUGGCGGAGUGCUUCAUCGGACGGCGAUCGGAGUUCAAGGAGCAUUUUACCGGUAUGUCCGGGACGGACGUGUACGUGAAGGACUCGGACACAUCCUGGAACUCCAGACUUUCGCCGAUGACUAGGCUGCUGAUCGCCGCCGGGCUGUCAAGCGUAGGCGUGCACGACGUUCACUUUGUGGACGGCAACCACGCGUCGUUUUCGUUCGCCGCUUCCUCUAGAAGCAAGAGCGGCGGCGGGGGAGCGGGGGCGGGGGCUACGGCGUUGCGUGGCGGUAUUAGUAGUAGCGAGAUCGGCGAUAGUCCUCGGCCUGGACAGACUGGGGUCUUGCAUCUGGACGAAAUCGGGUACAUGAGUCAGUUCGUUGUAUCUACCGAGCAACCGCUACCCGACCGGCUAGCCGUUUCGGCGCCGUUAUCGCCGGUCCGGCGAUGGGAUGGGGGAGGUGUCGAAAACGUUGCUAUUGAGGGGAGGGGAGGGGGGGCGCGGGAGUGCGUGAAGUUCGUGGACACCGUUGGGGACUGGGGACAGAAGAGAGACAAGUGGUUUCCGGAGGAAGAAGACCCGCGGGAGCUCUUGCGAGCGUUGGAUAGCUUCUGCCCCAUCGCUUGGCUAAGGAAGGAGGAGGAGGAGGAGGAGGAGGAGCGAGAAGAGGAGGAGGGGAGGAGAGGGGUUGAUGGCGGGGAUGAGGGCACGGGAGCCCUUGUCUCACCGCUGCCAGCAGGCGCCGGUCGUGACGAAUUCCGGGGGGCGGGGGGGAGAGGGUCGCGCGGUCUCUACGCGACGGUGGUCGCGGGGCCGGAGCGGGGGGCCGCGGGAGGCGGCAGAGGGUUUGGCGCGGGGGCAAAGAAGCGUCAACCCGAGCCUCGAAAGCUGGUCAUCUACCAGAGAGAUCGCAACCGCAAGUUGCUCAAGACAGAGGAGCUAAUGGAUGAGCUUUGGAUCCGGUUGGGGCACCUCGGGUGGGCCGUUGAGGAGAUCGUCCACGACGACGAGCGACACCCUUGCGAACUCGUGCAGGAACUGGCGGGGGCGGACAUCCUCUUGACAGCGCACGGGUUCCAGUCGAUGCUGUCCCUGUUCAUGGCGCCCGGGUCGCUUCUCUUUGAGGUGUACCCGCACAAGUACUACAAGAAAGGCUACGCACCGAUGGCGCAGAGCAUGGGCCUCCGUUACGCGUAUUCGGAGAGCCCGCCGUUGUUACCGUUCGCCUUUUGGUCGUGGCCGUCCGUGGAACAGUGCAUGAAGUGGUACCUAUGCCGCCGGUAUAUGCGAAGUUCGGACGUUGUGAUCACCGCAGAUAGCAUCGAAGUGCUCAUCAGUCUCAUGCUUGAGAGCUUGCGUGUCGCCUGAACGAGACGCGGCGGUUGACGUUGCGAAAAAUCUGUUUGUGGAAGGUGGGGUAAGUGCAGUCUGGUUUGUUGUUUUUGUUGUGUUCUUUUAGUGUUUCGCGAGUCUGGCAUGGCUUGAUGAGCGGGUUUGCAGGUCGCGGGAUGCCGCGCAUGUCGCCCUUUUGGACGGGAUCUGGGGGGUGCGCACAGUUGCGUAGCUGCCGUUCGUGUUUAAGUCUAAAAAUUGGCGUUCCAAAGCCAAAAGGAAGCACCAAGCAACUGAUGGUAGUGUCUGGGAGUGGUGAUGCCCUGCAGGCUAUAGCGCAAACCUCCCGGCGUACGAGCAAACGUUCUGUCUUAGGACAGUCUCGCCCAGACCGUAGAGCCCCUUUGGGGGAUUCAGUCAUAAACUUGUGUACUAUGUGUUGAUCGUUGUGUCCAUGAGCCGGAUUCUAAGCGUAAGAGUAAUAUAUAUCUUCAGUGGGCGUUCGGAGCGGUUUUUGUCGUUUUGUGCGCGUGUGUGUGCAAGUUGUAUCAAUGGAUUGAUCUUCGAAAGGGUCGGGGUUUCGUUUUGGAUGUGCCCACUACAGUUGCCGAUGCCUGAGUCAUUUCAGUUCCGUGCCUAGUCGUAGAGUGACCACGGCGUGGGGUUUUUGUGCUGAAUUUCCGCGCUUGCUUUAGUAUUCCGUUGGGAUGAGUAGCCAUGUGGUUCAAAGGGCGUAAAGGACACGGUUGUCCUGCCACGUGGCUUAAUGGCCUGUCCAGGAGUAAUUACUGGGAAUAGUCCUCCUGAUCGGACAGGCUGCGAUGACUGCCCCUACCAUUUCAAGCAUUGGUGUUUCUGCUGGUGCUUUGGACUUUUGAGUGCUUUGGAAGAGGAGGCUUUGUAAAGCGUGGAGAGGGGACGUACUUUGGAGCCGAUGCUUCACGGAUACAUGUAUUUCUCGAUGAAAAUAGAAUGUGUGUGUGUUUUCGUCCUAGUCAUUAUGGCGACAGUCCCCCCAUUUUCGUGGUGAGUCGUGUACUCCACUUUUCAGCGUAUGUAGAGUACUUCACUUUUCAGUGUAUUUUAUCGUACAACUACAACCUUCCAGGGUCACACCGGAGGGGGUAAACACCAGGUCUUUUUUCUUCUUUUUAUUUCCCUUCAUGCCCCACCUUCCUCCUGCGGUGCGUGCUGAAUUUUAUUUUUUUCGCGACAAGGGUCCAGCCGUCCCUUUCCCUCGUCAACGGUGCUAACGUCGAAGUUUGGUACUCACGAGAGCUUGUCAGCUAUAUUUCGCUUUCACCCGCACAUUUCGUAAGUUUUUCACCCCAUGGGGGUUCG